GUUAUUGUUUUUUUUCUUAUUUUGUUGACUCUUGUUAACUUUUUCUCUACCUUGUUGUUUAUUGCUUACAGAGUCCAAGUGCUCGAGUGGUUUCAACAGUUGUACGUCCAAACAGAAUCGUUCAGAUCGGACGAGGAGUCACAACGUGUCCGUGAGGCGGGCAAUAAUUGCUAUCGCAAGGAACAUCAUCCACUCAAGGCAUGCGAUCUGUAUACUGAGGCCAUAUUUCUAGCGCCCGUCGAAGAGGAUGCGGAAAAUACAACAGCGGCAAUGGCACAUGCCAAUCGUUCGACAGUGCUGCAUGAUUACGGCAUGUAUGAGGAAGCCUACGACGAUUGCUUGUGCGCCCUGGAGCUGGGCUAUCCCGAAGAGUAUAAUGCGUUGAUCAAACUACGCCAAGCCGCUUGUGCCUUAAAGUUGCGUAAUUUUGCGCUCUGCGAGCUGCAUGUGCACGAGCUGUUGCACAUGGAUCUCUCCGAGGCGUUUGAGGCGCGCACACACGAACUCUGGCACGAAUGCGAGGUGCUGAAAUCGGAAAAAAUCGACAUGGGCGUACAGACGGACGAUGAUCAUUACGCGGCGAUGGCGCCGCCACCGCAACACAUAUUGCACGGGAGUAGCAGCAAUCGGUUAAAGGUCUACGAAGUCGCCUGGUCGGAUACCUCGAAUGCCAUUACAACGACGCGCCGCGCCUAUUUGCGCGCCACCACAGACAUUGUCCGGCACAUGCCCAUUUUCAACGAGCACGCUGCCGUUUUUGUGUCCAGCGGCCAAGCGCGCAUCUGCGAUAAUUGCGCCAUCACACAAUUCAUACCAUUUCCAUGCGACUACUGUUCGAAUCGCACAUCCGUUUAUUGUUCGCGUAAAUGUCGUAGCCAGCACUCCUCCAUACAUGUGCUCGAAUGUUUCGCCCACCAGAUUGAGCUGUUCGAGGAGUUUGGCGAGGCGUUCGCCAAGCCACGUCUACUGCAGCUCGCCUUUCGCAUGCUAAUCACCGGUUUGCCACAAGUGAUGCCGCACUGCCGCAAACGGCCGACUGUCAACAAGAUGUGGAACGCCUUCAAUGGCAUACUCACCGAACGUACGGACAUACCCUAUUCGGCGCUGCUGCGCCUCGAAACGCACCUCGACAAAAUCGACGCUGAGACGACUGUUUCGCUAGCGAUUGCCGCGCACAUACUGGCCAUCUACUUGGCCGAAUGCACCGACUUCUUCGAGCACCUCGAUCUCAUGAUGCCCGCCCCAAUGAAGUUGGCACGCAGCGAAUGGAUAUUGCUGUCCGCUGCGCUACUGCUGCGCCACAUUGGCCAGCUGAGGCACAAGAAUCUCAUACACUGCCCGUCCUUUGUGCUGCCCGCAGAUCCGCACAUACUCUCGCCACUGCACGAGUACAGUCUGUGGUCGGCGGUGAAACAUGUGCGGCAGGGCCAAUUGCAUUUGCUGGCCGGUGAUGUGACGUGUAUCGCCUAUGCGGUCUAUCCGCAAACGCUUAGCCUGUGUCGGCAAUCGUGCGUUGGCCAAGUGUAUCGUAAGCAUUCGGGUCGGCAGGUGAGCGCUUAUGCGACCUGUGAUAUACUGUUGGGCGCGUGCAUUACCAACUGCUUUGUCUAUGCUGGGGACUAUCGACAAUCGUUGCACGAGACACGGAGGCAGGACCUCAAGGCGCGCGGCAUCGACUGCAAGUGCGACAAGUGCUUUCGUCCAUAUCCGGAUGAGGAUUUUCAUAAAUUUCAUCGCUAUCGCUGUGAUAAUCCAAAAUGUAUGCAAAUAUUCACACCACCCGCCAGCGAUUUCAAAAAUACACGCAAUUUACGCUGGUGGCGCAGUCCGUAUUACAAAAACCCCAUCAACGAGGGCACCGAUCUGCUGGUGUGCAGCGUUUGUGACGAAAGCCAAAAACUGGAAUGGUUUUGGACCUUCAACGCUGCACUGAGCGACUGUGAUGCGGUUGAGGUGCGUUGCAAGUUGUAUGCGGCCGUUGAGCGGGCCGAAACGCAACUUGUAGAAAUGCACGAAUGCAAAGUCGCUUUGGCGUGUCAAUUAGUCGAGCAAUGUUUAUUGAUGCAUCGAGAGGGGCAAAAACCUUUCGACGAUUGGGAAUUCAAUAAGCUGGGCUCGAUUAUGCGUAAUGCUCUCAAUAUUGUAGCUGCACAAUAUAGUGUCUUUAGCAUAGAGUAUAUACAACACAUGUCCUAUUUUUGGGAUAUCAUGGCACUUAGCAAUUACAAAUGUAGCGAUAAGGAACUGAUGCAAAUGUUACAAGCACUCGAAUACAUACCGGACGAAUACAAGGAGAUCUUCAUUAACUACUAUGACGACUUCAUAACACCGAAAUUCGCUGAGGAAACCUAUACAAGUCUUAUGGAUACGCAAGUUUAGGAAUUCAACAGCUGAAAUAGCGCAAAACCACUUAUUAUGUACUAUAAACUGCAGAAAGGAUCAUAGCAAAAUUACAACAAAACGGACUUUGGCAAAAGGAACAACAUAAAAACUAAAACUAACUAAGAACUACAUGUAAGAAAUAUAAGAGCGAUGCUGUAAAUUGAACUCAAAAAACUCGUUACUCAGUACUCGAUAGGUAAAACAAAGACAUCCACACAAGCUACACACAAAUAACAGAAAAGACCAUAAGAACACAACCUUGACUGUAGUCUCAUAUUUAAGAAGGUAAAAAUGUACUUUACUCGCUUACAUUCUGUUUUUGGUUAGGAUUUAUUAUACAUAAAAAUCGUCAUUACGCGGAAAUACUCGUUAAACAAAAAGCAAGAAAAAUAACACUAGUAAGCUAAACAAAUUACAUACUCAUAAUAGGAAGAGAUGUUAAAUGACGCACUAUUGAAGUUACAGAGAAGAGCAAGGUUAAGACAAUGUCAGUGCAAAUAAGAACACGAAAUGCUGGAGAGUUGAGGAAAUAGUAACAACAGAAACGGUCAAAGAAAAGAGCAGUAAAAGCAAUACUCUGCAACAGAAUUACAUUCGUUAAAACUGCAGUGGGAUAUCGGAAAAUCGUUGAGCACGCGUUUUUGCGAUUUCAAUUUUAUUUGUACCAGUUCUGUCUUUGGUAAUCUGCUUUUCCCUGUCUUAAGGACUUAAGGUGUUGUUCAUAAAAAAAAAAUGUGGGUAUAAAAUCUAGUUUUCGAAACAAAGAGGUAUGUAGCUGCACGCAAAAUGGUGGCAAUAGGAACUGUUUGGUUCAACAAAGACUCUGUGAAUCCUGUCAAAACAAGAACCGAAUGCACGGCUUUUGUUAAUUCAAUAAUAUUUAAUCUUCAAACAAGUAUUACUUUGAAAGCUGUCAAAAAAGUAUACCCAGUGCACCUGAGAGGCAACACCUAAAAGCGCUAUGUAGUAUGUAUGCGCAGAAGACUUUAGCUCUGUUUUCGUAUUUUCCAGUAAGAAACUGUCCAGUAACUUGCCAGUAACCAAAUUUGAGAGAGUAAGCUAACAAGAAAAACCAGCAAGAAGUUGCAAGUUUAAUGAAUAGCUGAUUAAUUUGUUGUUUUCCGAAGCAACUUUCUAAGAAAAACAGUAUUUCCCAUCGUAUUAUACAUUUAAAUAGAUUUAUUUUGUCAAUUGCAACUAUAAAAGCUCCACAAACAAUUAUUUUCCCAGAAGAAAAUUCAGGUAGGCCUUCCUAAGUGAAGCCUUUAUAACAGGCCUACCCAAGAAGGGCUGAAAAAAGUGCUUCCUUGCAUGCCUUCUAAAAGGACUUAUCCAUUUACAAUUUACGCGAUUGCAUAAAUUUAUAUUAUUUAGAAUUAAAAAUUUAUUUCAAUAAACAU